UAAAAUAAAAUACAAAGGAGAGAAAACACCUGUUACUAAAACAAAAAGAUAUAGGUUUCCAAGUUAGUGCCCUAAUUCAUCGUUUGCCUCAUUCCUACCUUCAACUUGCCGCACCUCAACGUCUUUCUGCCUCCAGUACUCGAAACAGUAACCUUGAUGGAUGAAAAUCCCAUUAAUGUGAAGGACGAGGUGGCAGAACUUGCUCCCUUUGAUCCUACCAAAAAGAAGAAGAAGAAGAAACCAGUCUUACAGGAUAGUGCAGAUGAUUCUGUGGACAAGCUUACUGAGAAAACAGAAUCACUAUCGGUCUCUGAAGGGCUUGAGAGUACUUUCACUGGUUUGAAAAAGAAGAAAAAGAAGCCAGUCGAUGCUAGUAUUUUGAAUGAAGAAAGUCUGGAUGGAGGAGAAGAUUUGGAUGAUCAUGUGGUACAAGAUGAAGAAGGAGAAGGACUUGAGCAGCAACAACAGCUUUAUCCAUGGGAAGGGAGUGACCGGGAUUAUGAAUAUGAGGAGCUUCUUGGUAGGGUCUUCAACAUUUUGCGUGAGAACAAUCCUGAACUUGCUGGAGACAGGCGUAGAACUGUGAUGAGGCCUCCACAAGUUCUUCGUGAGGGUACAAAAAAGACUGUUUUUGUGAAUUUCAUGGAUCUCUGCAAGACAAUGCAUCGGCAACCAGACCAUGUCAUGGCCUUCUUGCUUGCCGAGUUGGGAACGAGUGGUUCUCUUGAUGGACAGCAAAGAUUAGUUGUGAAGGGCAGAUUUGCUCCCAAGAAUUUUGAGGGGAUCCUGCGACGAUAUAUCAAUGAAUAUGUGAUUUGCCUUGGUUGUAAAAGUCCAGACACUAUACUUUCAAAGGAGAAUCGUCUAUUUUUUCUCAGAUGUGAAAAGUGUGGUUCUGGACGAUCAGUCGCCCCCAUCAAAGCUGGUUUUGUUGCUCGUGUUGGCCGCAGAAAUGCAGGGACAUGAGUCUUCUAAAGCUUAAUUUGUUGCAUAUGCUAGCGGUAGGGGAAAAAAAAAAAAUACUGGGCCAUGAACCUAUUAAAACUGAGGUGUGCAGUUGAGAAGUUACAGAUGUUUUACCAUUACCUACUCUCUACUGUUUACUCGAUUUUUACGGGAGUUAAAUAAUACUAUGUAUUAGGUUGGGAUUGUACUUAGUUUUAUUAUAUCUUAAUGGAAAUGGUAUUGUAUUUUUGGUUUGUCAACUUUUAUCUUGAGCUUGACUGUUAUCUUAAAUGAAAAUUAGAAUGAGAUCAAGAUUGAGUUUC